CCCCCUCCCAUGGCCUUCAUGAUGAUGAAGAAAAAGAAAUUCAAAUUCCGCGUGGAGCUGGAACUGGACGAGCUCUCCUCGGUGCCCUUCGUCAACGGGAUCCUCUUCUGCAAGGUGCGGCUGCUGGACGGCGGCAGUUUCAACGGGGAGUCCUCCCGGGAGGUAGUGCAAGCAAACUGUGUUCACUGGAAGAAGAGAUUUCUAUUUAUGUGCAAAAUGAGUGCAAGUGCCACUACAGGGAUUUUGGAUCCCUGUAUCUGCAGAGUGUCUGUACGGAAGGAGCUAAAAGGUGGGAAGGCUUAUGCAAAGCUGGGUUUUGCAGACCUCAACCUGGCAGAGUUCGCUGGAUCAGGAAAUACCACUCGUCGCUGUUUACUGGAAGGUUAUGAUACCAAAAACACAAGGCAGGAUAAUUCAAUUCUCAAAGUAUUGAUCAGCAUGCAGCUUAUGUCUGGAGACCCAUGUUUUAAAACCAAACACCUCAAGGAGAUUCUCAAGGAGAUUCUGUAUUUGGUAAAGAUGGUUUACCAACAG